AUGGAAGACCUUACCCCCACGCCAGUUGGUAUCGACUUCCAACCAGACAUCCUCUCCGAACACGGCGCCGUAGUCACAGUACCCGAAGAAGGCAUCUGUCUCGGGGCCAACAUCGCCUGGAACGCCAUCCCCGGCGACAUCGCCGGCCGCGCAUAUGGUGCGCACGGUCGUCUUGACCUCAGACCGGGCGUCCGGACGGUCUACGUCGACACUGGCUUCCGCAGAUCCGGACUCGACGCGGUCUUGCAUAUCGUGAAGGGUCCUGUGGAUCACGCUGUCAUCAACGUCGAUGCUUUCUCCAACGAGGCGCGCGCGUUGGUUCCCGUCAGCGCUUGCGCGUACCGCGCGGACCUGACAAGGGACGUGUGGCUCAGGCAACAGCCCAAUCCCGACGACAUGAGCGAGGUAUACCCGAAUACGGAAGAGGAGGAACUCAUGUCCUACGAGGAUCUACUCGCAUUGCGCAUCGCACAGAUCCCGACGGAGCCGGCUCCGGGGGAGCUGCAGGAAAUCGACUUAUUCAGGCUCCAGCGCAAAGGCGCUGAUCGCGAGCAGGGCUUUGAGGGGCCCGCCGUGUACUUCAAUAUCACGUUGACCAUACCGGAGGCGGACGAUGGGUACAAAGUUAGAGUGGAUGUUGGGGACAUCAUCGAUGUGAACGUGGAUGGCGACAUGGUGCUUGACGCUCUGCGAGUCUUCAACUUUGCGAGUGGGGCGAAUACGCCGUUUCCUACACGUGGACGCCUGGUAGCACAGGAAGGCUUCAGGACGCAUAAGAUCGACGCACAGACUCGCAGUGUCAGCGGUCAUUUCCGCGUUGAUGGCAAUGCCAGGAUGCACACCGGCAGUAUCGGUGGCGAGAUGAACGUACACAUCGACGCUGUGCGUGAGAUUGGCCAGACCCCUCCGCCGAUCCUGCUCACGACGUACGAAACUGCAUUGAACGCGACAGUGCGCCUCAUAGAUGCGGAACCUGAACGGCCGGGAUACAAGUUUGGCAUCCAUGCAUCCGCCAGAAAAGGGCCGCUCAACCUAACGCUUGUCGAGAGCGAUCCGUACUUGGCUGUCACGAUACAAGCAGACGCGGAGGAUGGUGAUGCCCACGUCAAGCUCGACAGGAGGUUCGAAGGCUAUCUGUAUACACAGGUAGUCGAGCCUCUUGAAGGCAGAGGAACGGGCGCGCAUAUAUCUUUGGAGUCUCAAGAAGGCGACGGAUGGAACGCCGAGGACCCGACGGGGGAAGGUCGUAAGAGGAACUUACGUUUGACUGAGGUUGGGCUCUCUGAGAUGGCCGGGGAAGUCAUGUGGGGUGAGAAAACCUGGACUGCACCGGGUGAAGGAUGGUUGGGCGCGAGUCAUGUUAGGGUAACUAGUACGAGAGGCUCUAGUUGUAUCGAGCUCUGA